GCUUGGUUGGCAAUUCAAAAACGAACAUGGCGCGUACAAGAUCCAGGUUUUCCAUGUACAGCAAACGGACUAAAUUCUAGAUAUAUAUUUUUCAAUGUGUUCUAUUUCUCUGAAAUACUCAUUUACGUCUGAGCUCUCUGAGAGCAGGGCAAGAAGAGCCGCAUCAUCAGCGAAUUUUGUGAAGGAGCAAAAAGGAGUAUCGGAUUGAAAAUCAUUGGUGUACAAAAUGAACCACAAUGACGAUGUCACAGCCCCCUGGGGCGCCCCUGUGUUAACUAUGCGUGCAUUUGAUAUAACAUUGUUUACCCUAACCCUCUGAGAUCUCUGGGUCAAAAAUUCAUUAGCCUAUAGUAUUAUGUAUGGACUAAUCUUCAACGCUUUCAUCUUUUCAAUGAGUAAAUGAAGUUGUAUAGUGUUAAAAGCUGAUGAGAAAUCAAUAAAGGACAAUCUUUUAUAAGUGUUCGAGGUAAACAUAUUAAUGACUUUACUCUGUAAAACAAAAUUAUUUAUGUCCUUGUGAAAUGAGUGGUCCUUGCAAUUCAAAAAGACUAAUUCAAUCACACUACGUGCUUUUAAAAGAGAAUUUAAAUGCAGAAAAAAUGGCCGACUUUUGCUUUCAAUCUGAAGUCAUCACAAUGGACCAAAAGGAGGAAAUUAUGGCUAAAAGUUGUCAGUCAGCUAGGAAUGGAAAACUUUUGGAUACCAUACUUCGACAAAGUUCUUGUGAUCUCACUUCUUCUGACAUUUUUAUUAAAGCACUAAAACAAUAUCACCCAGAAGUGUGGACAAAGCUUCCAACUGAGCCACAAACAUACGCUGACGUUCUAAAAAGAUGUGACAAUCCACAAGGAGUUGCAAGGAAUUCACCAGCAACAUAUCAAGAAAAUCAUAGCACCAUGACAAAUGUGAAAAGUCUAAUUGAGAAUCUGUCACACUUGACCACAACUCAACAACCAAAGGAUAAAAUAUUUAAAUGCCUGAACAUUCUUAAUGAAACGCUGAAAAGCGAAUUAGACUUUAGUUCAUUGACAGAAGAAUUUCUUAAAACAAGCAAUUUGCACAAUCUACUGUUGCAAAUAUGCAAGUUGGAAGAAAGUUUUUGUACAAAAAAAGUAGAUCUACAACUUUUAGCAUUGGCUUUGAAGAUAACACUUCGACUGGUGGAAACGAACACAUUCUUUUCUCAGACUUUGUGCAGUGAACAUCAUCUUUCGACGUGGGUUCAUAUCCUUAUAAAGUCUCGUAUGCCUCAGCAGUCUUCUAGUCAAGGAACACAAACACGUUCAAGAAGUCAAUUGUUCGGCAUUCAAUCUUCAUGUCUCAAUAUCUUAAGUAACAUAUUGGCCUGUCAAAUCUGUAACGCUGCGAUAUUUGACAACAUGGACAUAUCUAAGAUAUUAAAACCUUAUGUCGCCAGUGAGAACGAGGAGCACCGAGUUCCUAGCACAUUAAUUCUGAUAUUUCUUCACAAGUCAAGUGAAUUGCUGCCCCACAUCACAGAGACAGUUAAUACUCUUGUUGAUUGGUUGAAGAAAGUCUUAGAGCAGACAGAAGAGAAGAGAGCUAUAAGUCCCAAUGCUGCAUGUACUUUAAGAGGGCUCGUACAACUUGCUUCUGUUGAAACUUUUCAAGAAAAGAUCAAAGAAAGCCAGUAUAUUAAAUCUCUUGUAGGGUCCGACUGCUGGGACUGUCACCCUCUAGAUGCACGCCUCUACCUGAAACUGUUAGCAUCACCCAACUUUAUCAGCUUUAACAGUACUGGAGAAAGUAAUUGCAGAAGCAUGACAACAACAAUUCAAGACUCAGACACUAAUUUGCUUAUCAUCGGAAUCAAAGGCUGUGGGAAAAGUUCUCUUGGAAAUUCUAUCCUUGGUAGAUGUGCUUUUCAAAUCAAUUGUGACAAAGAAGAAAUGAAAGAAACGAUUGCUGUUGAAAAGGGCACAUUUAAUGGAAGAGUACUGGCUGUUGUGGACACGCCCUCCGUGACGGAGACUCUCUCUAUUCAAAAACAGUGUCAAACUCUAAGCGAUGCAUUUAAUAGCAACAAAAACGGGUAUCAUGCCAUACUGCUAGUUCUACAGUAUGGCUUCAGGUUCGAGUCCCAAGAUCUCAUAGCUAUUGAAGAUUUUAAAAGGAUAUUUGGAGAACAUUUUUUGAAAGACUAUGGUAUUUUAGUUUUCACUUUUGGAGACUACUUUGAACAAGAUGUUCUGUAUAACGAACAGACAUUUGAACAGUGGCUUAGGGAACAAAGCAAUCUUAGUGACCUCAUCAGGGAUUGUAAAAAUAGAAUCAUAUUAUUUAACAACAUGACACACGAUGAAACAAAGAUGUCUCAACAAAGAAUCCAGCUUUUUCAAUAUAUAGAUAAAAUAAGAUUAGCAGACUCUACAUUUUCAAAAGAACAUUUUUUACGCGCUGAAAAAACUCGAGACAAAUUAAUUCAGGAUGAAACGAAACGAACUAUUUUCAAAAGUGUAUCAGAAGAAGUCAAUUUAUUGGAGCAAGAUUUGCAUUCAGUUACACUGAAAGCUAAAAUAGAAGAUCAACAAUGUCAGCUGCAGAUGUUACGAGAAACAGCUACUACACUACAAGAACGAAUCAACCAAGAACAAAUCAAUAACACUUUCAAUUAUUCCCAUUUGUAUCAUAAGGUUCAGCACGUCAUUAGUGAAAUAGAAAAUCAAAAGAAGUUAUUGAAAGGGAUUACCUCCAACAGAAGGAAAUUAAGCAAAAAGUGUUCCCGUCACUACAAUAAAUGAAAGAUGGAUUGUAUGGAAUAUAGCGUGCGCCUUUUACAUCGUUUAAUGAUUUAUUAAAUGUGUUUUGAGUUCGGAUAAUUUUACUUGAAUGUUUAUGACAGAAUAUCUUAAGCUCACUUAAAGAUAUCACUCAGGUCUCAGCAUUUAUCCAUUCUAUUUUAAGAGACCAACAGUAUUUCUAAGUAUUUGUUAGUAGAAUAUGCUAACAAAGAGGACUGGAUUCUUUUUUUUUUGUCAAAAAAAAAUUAUUAAAAAAAAGUUAUUUCAGUUUUAAAAUCCCUGUUGAACUCUAGACGCCUUCUUACUCUACGCUCACUGUAGGUAUCAAACCUUCAGUUCCCUAAACGUAACACUGACAUUUUUUAGCCUGUGCUAGUUAGUUUAUGACGAUUCCAGUUUCUUGCAUUUUAAGCGGCCGCCGUAAAGGGAAAAGCCGCUAAUAGGUUUGUGCAAAAUGUCCGUCUGUCACAAUCAGAUCUCAAAAACUAGAAGAGAAAUGAAAAAUAUUAUUUCACCAUGCGAUUCGGCUUGAAAAGUUUAGGUGCAACGGCUACAAAGUCAAAUAUAUUUAUAAAAUGUAUUAGAAAUGUUCACAACAAAUAUAAAUAAUAGUUAAAGGUGUUUUUUCUAGUUAACUAGCUGCUAAAAUUAAAAGAAAACAUUUAUAUUUGUUUAUAAAGACUAAGAAUGCAUUUUGUAUGUAAAUAUCACGCACAUUUUUUAAAAUGGACUUUUUAUGCAACGACUUUCGUGCAGUAGCGUGACAAGCAUCUGCAAGGCAUGGUGCUAUCAGUUCCCUCAAAUUUUAAAAAUAAUCAGAUUUUUUUUUUGUUUAAUGCCCCCAUCAGAAUAAGAGAGGCUUAUUUUGUCGGUCGGUCGGUCUGUACGUCACGUUUAAAUAAAAAAAACUCUAUAAGCUAUUAAAAAUCUGAUUUACCCUUUAAUGUUCCUCCCGUAACAUCUCUAUAGUUUUAAGUAUCUAUAAUUGAUUGUUCUGGAUGUUUUUGUGCAAAACUAAUCAAUGCCAAUGAAUGCUUAAGGUAUCUUAGUGUUAAAUAUGUUUAAGUGAUAAUAAGUGUAAUAGGAUUUGGUAAGUGUUGACUGGUUUUUGGUAAAUAUAGAAUUGUAUUGAUGGAUGUUUUAAAUUUUGGUGUUUUAAUAACUGUUGAUAGAAGAACUUUGUUAAGAGUCGUUGUUAACAUUAUGUAGAAAUUUGUUAAACCUAUUCGUUUUUACAAAUAAUUAUAAUAAUUAUUGGUCUCACAUCAUUUUAUUUAACACUGGCAUUAUCCACUGGCUACAGUAAUAGUUUCCAGGCUAUAUAUUGUUUCAUAUGACUAUCCAAACACAGUGGCAACUUCAAUAUUUAUCCCACAGUGAUGCAGACCAUGUCACGUUGAAGUGGGAUGGCCCGAUUCACAACUUCCCACCUUACACACAUACAUACUUUUGGCACCAGAACUCUAGUAGCACUAGUUAUAGAAUAGAAUAUUUUAAAUUAUGACAACUUAACAGAUAUUUAACUGUAUUUAUACUGGAAAUUAACAUUAACAUUUUUUAGGUAGUGUUCACUUGAAAUAGUAGCAAAGAUCUGCAUGAUGUUUAUCACAGUUGAAAUGUUUACAAAUAGCUGAGUUUGUGAACUAAUGAAAACGGGGUAUCAUAACAUUGAUCUAGACCACUAAAAAACAUUAUUUUUUAAAAACAUUUUUGAAUUUCAAAACAAAUUUCAUAUUGAGACGCGACGUACAAAUCAAACCAAGAUGUACGACUCUUCAUUGCAAAAAUAACAAGAUAAAAAAAAAACAGUCUGUGUUAUCACACAAAAACAGAAGUGACCCCCAGACGAUUCCGCCCAUGGAGAAGAAAUUUUUAAGACGUAAAAAUAAUUUCGCGACGAAAUGAUUCUGGAUCUGGAAAGCAGAGUAAUAGCGACAUUUCCAACCCCCUACUAACUACUGGAUCUGGCAAGCAGAGUAAUAGCGACAUUCCCAACCCCCUAAUAAAUACUGAAUCGCCUAUUAAAGGGAAAAGCCACUAAAAAUGAAGAAAAAACGGCUUUUAUGAUUUAAGUAUUUAAAGAUCUAGAAUACAAGGAAUAAUUAAGUCAUGGCCUUUUUGGAUUUGAUAAAAGUGAUAUAAGAACGAAGUAAUAACAGACGUUUUUAAUAACAUGAACCAUUGAGAAAUCAGAACACUUUUUCUUAAAGAAAAAACAAGGUUACAAAGAGAGGUUCUGAUCACACAAACUCAGAGGCGGUGAUAUUAAAAAAUCAUUUGAUGCAAUUAUUUCUUAUGACACAAUGUCCGAAACAACUUAUAGGUAAUGAAAUAUAUGUUAGUAAAUAGAUUUUCAUUUAGCGUUUAUAUGCUAUUUAUUUUAAUAAUCCACAACAACUUAGGGCCUAUUAUUGAUCAUGAAUUGUUUUUUUUUUCUUAAGCAAGAAAAUUAAAUGUAAUAUAAGUUAAUUUUUUUUUGAGGAUUCGAAUAAGAGAUUGAGCUUUUUCAGUACAAUUACAUCAAUUAUAAGACUUCAGUAAGGCCAUGAGAGGCGCGAUAGCUGAGCGGUAAAGCGCUUGGCUUCCGAACCGGGGGUACCGGGUUCGAAUCCUGGUAAAGACUGGGAUUUUCAACUUCAGAAUCUUUGGGAGCCUCUGAGUCCACCCAGCUCUAAUGGGUACCUGACAUUAGUUAGGGAAAAGUAAAGGCGCUUGGUCGUUGUGCUGGCUACAUAACACCCUCGUUAACCGUAGGCCACAAAAAAACAGAUGAACUUUACAUCAUCUGCCCUAUAGACCAUAAAGUCUGAAAGGGGAACUAGUUAGGCCAGGUUCACAUCUAACUUUGCAUUCACUUGCACCUAUCCUUUGAUCUGCUGGACCGUUGGGGCACUACACAAGAUCUGUCAACCUUCUUUCUCCAUUCUUAUCUCUCAUUGGUCUUUGAUGUAAUUUCAUUCGGAUGUUCUUUCUGAAAAUAUUGAAGCCUGCCUGGGUGGACCACUUCGGGGGCCGAUUUUGAGUUUGUGUUUCCACACAAACUAUCUUUGUAACCUUUUUUUAUCUAAAUGUGACGAACAGAUAGACCAACAGACAAAACGCACAAAAGUAAGCGGCUUUUAUCCUGAUGGGGGUAGUAAACAAAAAAUAAAUAAAAUCUAAUUAUUUAAAACGUUUUGAGGGAACUAGUUUAGUAAUAUAUGUACUGCCGCGGCCGUCACGCUACUGCACAAAAGUCGCUGCAUAAAAAGUCCAUUUAAAAAAAAUGUGCAUCACAUUUACAUACAAUGUGCAUUCUUAGCCUUCAAAAAACAAACAUAAAUGUUUUCUUUCUUACCAACAAAAACUCAGUGAACUAUUAUUUAUAUUCGUUGUGAACAUUUCUUGUACAUGUUAUCACUAUAUUUGACUAAGUGAUACUAAAAAUACACAACAAAUUAUAUUUCUCUGUGAACAUAAUGUCAACAUAAUCUCCCUUACAUUUAUGUUUGGUUUAAGAAUUGGUGUAUUUUUAUGGGGAAAAAAUCGCUUGCAUAACUAGUCUCAUAAACUAAACGUUUUGCUUUUAGUCAACCAAAAGUAGCCUCUGCACCUCAACUUUGCAAGCCACAAUGCAUGGUGAAAAAAAGAUUUUUCAUUUCUCUUCUAGUUUUGAGAUUUGAGUGUGACAGGCGGGCAGACGGAUAUUUUGCACAAGCCAAGUAGCAGCUUUUUCCCUUACGGGAGCCACUAAAAAAGUGCAUUCUUAACAAUUAUAAGCAAAUAUUGAUAAUUAUACUUGUCGACUUUCUAUCAUGAAAGUAAGUCAGAAAAGCGAUUCAAAUGAAUCGUUUAGUGUUAAUUUGUUUGUCUUUUUUCACUUGAAAGAAAACUGAGAUGAACUACCUAUUACCGAUAAUGAGCCUUCUGGACCUUUUGAAAAGAAAUUCUAUUUAUAGAAAUCAAUAAAUUGAGUUUAAAGAAUCA